GUCGAGGCCUGCCUUGGCGGCGGCGGAACAGCCGGUCCUUCCCCGGGGGGAGCCAGUUCCUCCCCGGGCCGCUGAGCGGAGCCAUGCCCAUCGCGGCCGCCCCGGACGAGCCAGAUAUAAAUUAAUUAUCUGAAAGCAACUAAACAAUGGAGCCAGACAUCAUUCGAAUGUAUUCUUCAUCCCCACCACCACUGGACAAUGGAGCUGAGGAUGACGAUGACGAUGAAUUUGGGGAAUUUGGUGGAUUUUCCGAAGUUAGCCCUUCUGGUGUAGGGUUUGUUGAUUUUGAUACACCAGAUUAUUCUCGUCAGGAGGAGUUUGUACCUUCAAACCAUUUUAUGACAAUUCAUGAUUUUUCAGAAAAUGUAGAUAGCCUUACAAGCUUGAAGUCCAUUAAAAAUGGUAAUGACAAGGGCAUCACUACUGAACUUUCUUCUGUGAAAGAAGAGUCUGAUGUUAUACUUUCUACCACCAGCAGAGAAAUAAUUUCAGUUAGUACCUUAGGAUCUUCAAUUGAUGGCAUGGAAGUCCAGGAGAUUACAAAAUAAGUAGUGGAUCAGAGACUGAAUGUUGGAACACCUGAAGUUUCUCUCCUGGAGAUAUUAGAACUGAUAAUAAAUGCUGUUCAUCACAGCAGCCUGUUAGAAAGCUGCAACGGUGAAAAACCUCCUUGACUGGAGAUUCUGGACAAUGGGUUAUCAGCAUUAGAAACUGUAAAUCCUCAGGGAAAAGAUGAUCUGGACACUGGAGAUGAUUCAGAAGGACAAAAGCCUCAUAGCACAUGUAGUGCUGAAUAUAAGAUUGUUGUACCUAGUCCCGCUGAGAAUUUGCAGAUAUUUGCCACGUUUUCCAAAAGGAGUAGGACACAAAUAGAAGAAUACAGAUGUGCAGUUUUAAAUACAAAGAUGCGCACUAACCAUUUCAGAGAAAAAAAUAGAUUACAGCGUCAGUGAACUGGUUCUAUAAAAGAAGUGUCUUUGGGUAGAAGCUUUGACAGUAAAGGAGACACUGAUGAAGAGGAGCAAAUUGGUGCUUCGGAAAUAAAUAUGGUGAGUGACAGAGAUUUUGGUACUGAAAGGCAAGGCCUUCCCACAUCUCAACAGGAUGAAUUUUUAAAUUCAAGUGUUUCAUCAGAGAUUUGGAGUAUAAUAGAUUCAGCUGACUCAGAAGCCAAUAUGAGUGAACAGUGCAAAACUGAGGAAAACCUUGAUUUGUUUACUUCUAAAUGUUCUGACCUGUGCAUAGAUUCUGUUAAAAUGUCUGAUGCUGCUGAUGAAGUUAGUUCGUCCAAAGAUGAAAGUAGAAAGUUUACUAAUUUCGAAAACCCCAACAGUGAUCACACAGAAGAAAAUGUUCUGGAUAAUUCUGUAAGUGUAAAAACUGGUGAUAGUAACAACUUUGCCACUUGUAAUGAUACCACUGAGGAUGAUUUUGGUGACUUUGGUACAGCCAGUGGCACAAGUCCAUCUUUUGUUACUGGUACUCAAGAUUCGACAUGUGAUGUUAAUUUUGAAGGGUCCUCAGAGCACUUUCCACAUUCUCAUGAAUCAGGUGAUGACUUUGGAGAAUUUGGGGAUACAAAUGCUGUUUCUUGCCGCGAGGGAAUUGCCUUUACUGACUCAGACCUAAAUCAAACUUCUGAAAACUUAUCAAAGGGAUAUAAAUUGGCGAGAAAGUCUACUGGAACAGACACUGAACCUGUUUCAAAACCGAAAAUUAUUCAAGAAGGUGAGUUCGGAGAUUUUGAUUCUGUGCCAAAUAUUCAUGAUGACUGUAGUGCUUUUCAAGACUCUGAUGAUUUUGCGGACUUCAGUUCAGCUGGUCCAAGCCAAGUUGUAGAUUGGAAUGCUUUUGAGGAUGGACAGAGAGAUAAUUGCUCUUGGGCUGCUUUUGGAGACCAGCAGGCUACUGAAUCUCAUCAUCGUAAGGAAGCCUGGCAGUCACAUAGGACAGAUGAAAGGAUUGAUUCUCCAGAAACCUCUGAAAUUCACAGUGUACCUCUGGCAACUUCCAAAUGGACAGUUGCUGGUGGCCAUUUACAGGAAUCAGCCACUUCAGUUCAGACAGCUUUACUAAACCGCCUGGAACGAAUUUUCGAAGCAUGUUUUCCUUCGGUAUUUGUCCCUGAAAAUGAAGAGGAAGUUACUUCCCUAAAGCACUUGUUGGAAGCAAGCACCUUGCCAGUAAAAACAAGAGAGGCCUUAGCAGAAAGUGGGGAACUGCUGAAUGUGUGGAACGAGCUGCAGGAUAUCCAUGAUGCACAUGGCUUAAGAUAUCAGUGGGGUGGCUCACAUAGCAACAAGAAGCUUUUGUGCUCCUUAGGAAUAGAUACCCGAAACAUUCUCUUCACGGGCAAUAAGAAGCAGCCUGUUAUAGUGCCCAUGUAUGCAGCAGGAUUGGGUAUGUUAGAACCCACCAAGGAACCAUUGAAACCACUAUCUGCUGCAGAAAAAAUCGCUUCCAUUGGUCAGACAGCCACCAUGUCACCAGAAAUGAACACAUGUUCUUCUGACCAAUUCCAGGAGUCUCUACCGCCCGUCCAGUUUGACUGGAGUAGCAGUGGCCUUACUAACCCUUUAGAUGCUAGUGGAGGUUCCACUCUUCUGAACCUUGAUUUCUUUGGGCCCGUGGAUGACAGUAGCUCUAGCAGCAGCACCACAAUCCCAGGUGUGGAUCCAGAGUUAUAUGAGUUAACAACUUCUAAGCUGGAAAUCUCCACCUCAAGCCUCAAGGUGACUGAUGCUUUCGCAAGACUCAUGUCCACAGCAGAGAAGACAAGCACAUCUACCAGAAAACCGAAAAGAGAAGAACACCUGAGUGAAGAAGCCAUCAAGGUGAUUGCUAGCCUUCCUGACUUAACAUUCAUGCAUGCCAAGGUGUUGAUGUUUCCAGCCACGCUAACGCCUUCUACAAACUCCCAAGAGAAAGCUGACUGAUAACUGGUGUGAAUUGGACAGUUUCCAUCACUUUUCCUUCCCUCAGUACCUUCCCCUUCACCAAAAACAUACAUGCUCUAAUUAAAAACAAAAUCCCAAGUUCAACUGAUUUGUUGGUAAGCCUCACUAGAAAGGUAUACAUAUACAUAGUAAUGUAUAUUUAUUUACAUACUGAAGUCCUAAAUUUAUAUUAGAAAAACAUGUAAAUAAUUGGGGUGAACAUUUUUGAAGAUUUAUUCUUUUUGUGUUGCUGGGGUGUACACAUUUAUGUCUUUGUGAAAUACACUGGUGGUGUCCUUCUUACAAAAUUUUUGAAAUAAAAAAAGAAAAUUAAAAA